AUGACGACUAUGGACCUUCGCGUCGGUAAUAAGUACCGCAUUGGCCGUAAGAUCGGGAGUGGUAGUUUCGGUGACAUUUACCUUGGCACCAACAUCAUUUCUGGGGAGGAAAUAGCCAUCAAGCUGGAAAGCGUCAAAGCCAAGCACCCUCAACUUGAAUAUGAAGCCCGUGUCUACAAGUCUCUCGCCGGUGGUGUUGGUAUUCCGUUCGUUCGCUGGUUCGGUACUGAAUGUGAUUACAACGCCAUGGUAAUUGAUCUCCUCGGACCCAGUCUGGAGGAUCUCUUCAACUUCUGCAACCGGAAGUUCUCGCUCAAGACCGUGCUCCUGCUUGCCGACCAGCUCAUCUCCCGCAUCGAAUAUAUCCACGCCAAGUCUUUCAUUCACCGUGAUAUCAAGCCUGACAACUUUCUGAUGGGUAUCGGUAAGCGUGGAAACCAGGUCAACGUCAUCGAUUUCGGUCUGGCCAAGAAGUACCGGGACCCCAAGACGCACUUCCACAUUCCCUACCGUGAGAACAAGAACUUGACCGGAACGGCCCGUUACGCCAGUAUCAACACUCACCUGGGUGUCGAGCAGUCCCGCCGUGAUGACAUGGAGUCCCUGGGUUACGUUAUGCUUUACUUCUGCCGUGGCACCCUCCCCUGGCAGGGUCUCAAGGCUGCUACCAAGAAGCAGAAGUACGACCGCAUUAUGGAGAAGAAGAUGACGACCCCCACCGAGGUUCUGUGCCGUGGAUUCCCCAACGAGUUCUCCAUCUACCUGAACUACACCCGCUCCCUGCGGUUCGACGACAAGCCGGAUUACUCGUACCUUCGCAAGAUCUUCCGUGAUCUUUUCGUCCGCGAAUCGUUCCAAUACGACUACGUUUUUGACUGGACCGUCUACAAGUACCAGAAGAACGCGGCCAUGAUGUCAGACGCCAAGAAGGACAAGGAUGCUGAAGAGCAGGCCCGCCGCCAGGGUGGAACCAUGCCUCUGCCUGCGACCGGUGCCGCCAAGCCCGGUGCUAUCUCCAGCCAGCGUCGCAAGAUCAUGGAACGUGGAACGCUCGACAACACCCCCGACACCAACCGUGCUGUGGGAGGGAGCGACAGGAUGUGA